CGGAAACGCGCCGCGGGGCUGCUGGGGCUCAGGCGGGCGCUGGCGGCUCCGUGGCGUUUCCUGCCACGCCGGGCCUGCCUGGGCCGCGCCAGCGCCGCUCCACCGCCGCUCCGCCGAGGGCAGCGCAUCGGCCGCCGCGGGGCCGGGCUUUGCCUGCCCCCUCCCCGGGCCUUGCCCUCCCCCAGGAUGGAGCCCAGGAAACCAGGUUCUGGCAGGCCUUCCUGAGACGCUUGAGGCCCAGCACUGCUCCCACCUCAUUCUAGAAUGGACAAAAGGACUACUUAUCCCGGGAGUUCUUUCAGGAUUCAGUGACAUUUGACGACGUGGCCCAGGCCGGACGCCGAGCAGAGGACGCUGGCACAUUAGAGGAACACGACCUCUGGGGGAGUUCCUGUUCUGAAUCCUCCCUGGUGUCCGGCCCCUGACGCUGAUAUCGGCCCCAUCCCUUAGUGCAAACUGAGCAAAGUAGUGUUCUGCGGUGAGGCCUUGCUGCCCCUGUCAUCCGCAGUCCCGGCUUCUGGUUGGACGCGCGCAGCCGUCGUGCCGCAGCCGCCCCAGGCCCUGCGGUCAGCAGCCGCCUCCGCAGGAACGGGAUGGCCGACAAAGGAGAGUAACCUCCUCCUUCUCCUCUCAGGAGGCGUCUGGGCCCGUGAGCGGUGGGCGAUGGGUGAAGAAGCGCAGCCGCAGGAGAUGGCCUCCAGCAGCUCCCCGCAGGCCGGCGAGCCCAGCCCCGAGGUCAAGCAGAACAGGGACGCGGGGGGUCAGGGGGGCAGCCCUCAGGACCUGCCUAUGGAGCAUCACUUCUCCUGUAAGGAGUGUGGGGACGCCUUUCGGCUCAAGGUCCUCCUGGUGCAGCACCAGAGGAUCCACAGCGAGGAGAAGGGCUGGGAGUGCGGCGACUGCGGGCGGGUCUUCCGGGGGGUCUCCGAGUUUAACGAGCACCGCAAGAGCCACGUGGCUGCCGAGCCCCAGCCAGGCCCCAGCCGCGCCUUGGAAGAGGCCGCCGAGCACCGGGAGCCGGCGGAGAGGGAGGCGAAGCCCUUCGAGUGCGAGGAAUGUGGGAAGCGGUUCAAGAAGAACGCGGGCCUCAGCCAGCACCUGCGCGUGCACAGCCGCGAGAAGCCGUUCGCCUGCGCCGAGUGCGGCCGCUCGUUCAAGGUGAGCACGCACCUGUUCCGCCACCAGAAGCUGCACACGGCCGAGAAGCCGUUCGCCUGCAAGGCGUGCGGCCGCGACUUCCUGGAUCGCCAGGAGCUGCUCAAGCACCAGCGCGCGCACACGGGCCACCUGCCCUUCGACUGCGACGACUGCGGCAAGUCGUUCCGCGGCGUCAACGGCCUGGCGGAGCACCAGCGCAUCCACAGCGGCGCCAAGCCGUACGGCUGCCCGCACUGCGGCAAGCUCUUCCGGAGGAGCUCGGAGCUCACCAAGCACCGGAGAAUCCACACCGGUGAGAAGCCAUACGAGUGCGGCCAGUGCGGCAAGGCCUUCCGCCAGAGCUCCAGCCUGCUGGAGCACCAGCGCAUCCACACGGGCGAGCGGCCGUACGGCUGCGGCGACUGCGGCAAGGCCUUCCGCGGCCCGUCCGACCUCAUCAAGCACCGGCGCAUCCACAGCGGACUCAAGCCGUACGAGUGCGACAAGUGCGGCAAGGCCUUCCGCCGGAGCUCGGGCCUGAGUCGCCACCGCAGGACCCACAGCGGAGCGCGGCGCUGCGAGUGUGGCGAGUGUGGCCGUGUGUUCAAGAGGCGGUCGGCGCUGCAGAAGCACCAGCCGAGCCACCGCGACUAGAGGGGCGCCCCCACCCCCACCCCCAGCCCCGAGCCCCCCCCUCGGCGGGCGGGGGCGGCGGCAGCGGUG